CCUUGAGAAUUCUUUGCGUGUAGAUAAAUCUGGGUGUCAUUGGCAUUGCAGUGGAAAGACACAUGGUGACGCUGGAUGAUUUGUCCAAGAGGUAGCAUGUCGAUGAAAAUAGAAUGGGACCAAUAGUAGAACCUUGUGGCACACCACAGCAAGAGAAUUUAAAACAUACCUUUCACCUGUGUCAGCUGCUAAGAGAAAGUCGUGGUUUACUUUUAAAAGCACAGUCUCCCUGCUGUGUCCAGAUCUAAAAGACUGUAAAAGCCCUCAUUGCUUCGUGGUGACACACAUGCCUUGACUAUGAUUUCAGUGAGGCUGAUCCCAGAGAAGAAAACUAGAUCCAGGAUAUGACCUAUGGAGAGAGUAGGUUCUUGUAUUGCCUGUCUGAGGUUGUCUCAUGUGUCAGUCAGCAGCCAUGAAAGUUUAAGUCACUGAGGAUGAGGACCUUCUCAAAAUAUGAAGUAAAAAGUGACAUGAGCUCAUAAAACUCAAUAAAUUCCGAGCUGGGUAUUGGUCGUCUGUAAAUGGCCAGGAUUAAGUUACUUGACACAGAACAUGAAUGUAGUGAAACUACUAUCAAGUUCAACUACAAUACAGUUAACAGCGAGUAACAGUUUCUUUGUUUUUUGUUGACCCUUCACACACAAACACGAUGCCAUUUGACGUAUUUCUGCCUUCAUCUGAAGCCAGGCGUCAACAUGGAGCAGGUCUCUGAGAAGCUCUUCAAGUACAGAAACUACAAUUUUCUAGCAGGUUUCACGACAGCAGAGUACAUCGAUGGGCUGCAGAACUUUGAGAUACGAGACAGUGACAUAUAUCUGGUGACGUAUCCAAAGUCAGGAACAAUCUGGACUCAGCAGAUCAUAAUCUCAAUCCUCAACUUCGAUGGUGAGAAAAAAGAAUAUGCCAACAACUAUGAAGAGAUGCCAUGGCUGGAGUACUCGGAGGGGCGAGAACCUUACUCCCUGCGUCCGUCACCGAGGCUCUUCUGCUCUCACCUGACGCCAGCUUUCAUGCCACCAGGGCUGAAGGAGAAGAAGGCAAAGAUCAUUUACGUGAUGCGAAACCCAAAGGAUGUUGCUGUGUCUUUUUACCACUUCUCCAACAUCGUCAGCUACCUGGAAACGCCUCAGAGCUUUGAUCUAUUCUUGGAGGACUUCUUACAAGGAAAUGUGUUGUGUUCAUCCUGGUUCGACCACAUCAGAGCUUGGCAACAGGAGAAGGACAACUACAACAUCCUGAUGUUGAGCUACGAGGACAUGGUGUUGGAUCUGGAAGCAGCUGUGAGGAAGAUCUGCAAGUUUCUGGGGAGGAACCUGAGUGAUGCUCAGAUCCAACAGGUCGUCCAUCAGUCCACGUUCAAGAACAUGAAGAAGGAUGAACGAGCCAACUACAAGUUUAUUCCAGAAGAAAGACUCAGCGGCGACUUCAUGCGCAAAGGUAAAAUCGGCGACUGGAAGAACACUUUCACUGUGGCCCAGAGUGAGCGAGUCGAUCGUCUACUUCAGGAACGACUCAGUGACCUGCCACUGAAGAUCAUCUGGGAGUGAUGCUGGGAUUAUUCUGUAGUAGCAAGAGUUAAUA